UUUAAACAUGACGGCAAUUUCUGCCUCGUUGGAGGCUCGUUCCACCAGGAAGGGGACUAGAACCAGCGCGAGGGCAACGGCUCAACCGAGAAUCGCCCGAGAGCGGAGAGAUGUCGAUAACCGAUGAGAUACCAGACGUGGACAGCGCAGACCUGUUCGGUCUCCUGUUUCACGAUGAAGAUCCGGGAAAUAACGGCCUGUUCUUUUCUGAUGGAAGUAACUUGAUCGAAGACCUGCUGUCUGAGCAGGACAUGCUGAAUGCCAUAAGUACAGACGACUUCCUGAGUAGCCUGUUGGGUGAGGAUGAGCAGGGCGUGUCCCCUCUGGGCUCCUCCCACUCCCCACUGGGCAGUGACAGUGGCAUCUCUGAGGACACCACGCCCCCACACUGCCAGAGCCCCCACAGCGAGACAGAGUCCGCCCACAGCCCGUCUUAUGCUGAGGCAUCUCCAGUGGUGGCGGAUGUGGUGGAGGACAUGGUGGAGUGUUUCGAGGCCCACGUGGUGCAGACAGAUCACUGUUAUUCCCUGCAGCAGAGCGUCUUCACUCUGGAGAGCGUCCGUUCAGAGCAGCCUGACGUCGACGUCUUCAUCGACCUUGAUGACCUAGAGGACAGUGUGAGUGACGACCUCUCCAGUGAGCUGCCGUGUUCUCUUAAUAUAGAGGAGAAUGCACUGAACAGCACAGCAGAACACCAGUUCCAGCUGAGGGAGAUUUCCUUGACUGAGGAGGAGAGGAGGCUACUGGCCAAGGAGGGCGUGUCCAUCCCUACACACAUGCCCCUCACCAAGGCGGAGGAGAGAACACUGAAAAGGGUGAGGAGAAAGAUCCGGAACAAACAGUCUGCUCAGGAAAGUCGCAAGAAGAAGAAGAUCUAUGUGGAUGGACUAGAGAGCAGAGUUGCCGCCUGCACAGCUCAUAACCAGGAGCUUCAGAAGAAGGUUCAUUUGCUUCAGAAACAGAACAUGUCUCUUAUUGAGCAGCUGAAGAAGCUGCAGGUGAUGGUGAAGAUGUCCACGAUGAAGAGCACGACCACCAGCACCUGUGUGAUGGUCUUCCUCUUGUCUUUCUGUCUCAUCAUCUUCCCGUCUGUCAAUCCGUUUGGCAGCACAGGCCAGAAGGAUGUGUAUACUGCUUCUACAGUCAUUCCUCGUGCUCUGCGCUCAUACCCUGCGUCUGAAGUCACCACCGCCUCCUCCAAGGAAGCUGUGGACGAGGAGCUCCAUCUAGUGGCCACCGUGGAGAACAACCAGAUCCUGCUGACUGGCGGCCAGAACCAUACCCCAGACUACCAGCGGGUGGCGCAGUCCGACUCCGAGUCCGGCGUCAACAGUAACUCGUCAGCUGAUUUUCCCAGUGGCCCACAGCCCGAGCUCCAGGCAGCAGGAGCUCUGGAUGAAGAACGUGGCAGCACAGCAGCGCCCCCUGUGCCCUACGAUGGGCAGAGCAAAGCUAAGGACAGCUGGAUGGGACAGAACCCCACCUCUGUUAUCAUCCAACAGCAUCACUCCGAUGAGAUGUAGACAAAUACACGCAGGAACAAGGGACAGGGUGGAAGAUCCAUGUGCUGUUCUGCUCGCUCUCGCUCUCUUUCUGUCUUUAUUUUAUUGAACUA